AUGAGCUCUCGAUCUUCUGAAAGAGGGACAGUGACGCAGAAUAACGAGAACUCUCAAAUGCAGAACUUAGUUGCUGCUUCAGCUCGUGGUGGUGGUGGUGAAGAGCCUUCACGUAGCAUCGUUGGUCCUAUGGACAAUGAUAUUUUAAAACUCAGACGGUACAUGCAAAACCUAGUAUUUAACAUUUUGGAGCAACGACAACCACCUCUGGCUGAUGCUGCAACAAAGGCAAAGUAUAUCGAUGUUGCUAGACGCUUAGAGGAGGAGCUGUUUAAGAUGGCUAUGUCAAAGGAGGAUUACUUGAACCGGUCAACCCUUGAGUCUCGGAUUGCAAGCCUGAUAAAAAAACCUCACAAUCAGCUACAUACUAAUUCUUGUAUGGUUGGAACGAUGGUACCUACUACAGGGUUAUCACACGCUGAGGGUACUUCUAGUUCGAUGGUUACGUCCUCUGCUUAUGAUAGUGUUCGUUUAGAGCCUUCAUGCCACACUGUUGUUCCCAUGGACCAUGAUGUGUUGGAACUUCGAGAGUACAUGCGAACCCUUGUCUUCAGCGAGUUACAUAAGCGCCAACCAUGUCCAGCCGAUGAUGCAUCAAAGGCUAAGUAUUUAGAUAUUGCUAGACGCUUAGAGGAGGGUAUUUUUCAAAUGGCAAACACAAGGGAGGAUUACCUUAACCCAUCGACCCUUGCUUCUCGCUUGACAACCUUAAUAAGAGGCAUACAAUUGAAUAAUCAGCAAAAUGCUUAUUCAUCUCCGCCUGGAACAAUGACUACACUCGCUCAUGGAGUUUCUCCUGAGACGACGAUGGUGGGAGAGAAGGUUCCUGAGUGCGAAGAUGAGUUGGAGAUAGAGAUUGCAGAAAAUCUGAAGUCCAUGAGCCUCUACAGCUGA